UUUUUCGGGAAAGAAGAAAUAUUGAAAAAAUAUUUUUUAGAGAGAUUAUCAAUGGAAAUAAAUAAAAAUAAAUUUCAAUUGGUAAAGAAAAAUACUUCAUUUCCAGCUAAAUGUUGUAUUUGUGGAUAUAUUGCUAGCGGUUUCAUUUAUUAUAAUGUUAUGUGUUGUGAUGGUUGUAAACAUUUUUUUCGACGUUCUCUUAAUGCGGAAGAAUUGUUCAAAUGUAAAUUUGAUGGGAAUUGUGAUGUUAUGAGAGUGUCUAAUAAAUGCAAAGGCUGCCGUUUUGAUAAAUGUAUUUUAAUGGGAAUGAAUAUACAAAAAUUACGAAAUCCACAACAAUCUACUAUCUCUUUAUGGGAAAUACGCUCAAAAAUUGAACAACGAUUGGGUGAACUUGCUUUAAUUGGGAAAUAUCCUGAAAAAAGAAAUAAAAUUUUUGCGAGCAGUGAGGGAACUGAUUUCUCGUUUAUGCAAACAAUAUUUCUUGAAAAUGAAGAAACUAAAAUAAUUGGAAAUUUAUUAUCAUUAGAGGAAAGCGUUGAAAAGAUUAGAAAUUCGCCUACACAGAUAACUGAUAAAAAUUAUGAUUUUUCUUAUAAAACAUUAGAGGAAGUAAUCAAUCGAAAAGAAAAUUCAAUUUUUUUAUGUUAUGAAUAUUUGGAAGAACAAAACUUUCUAAAAUCGGAUUAUAUUGAAUUUGUUCACAAAAAUGGCCUUUUUUCUUUACGACCUACUACAUUAAUUGAAGAUUUAAUUUUAAUAAUUGAUAUGGCAAAAACAAUGCCUUUCUUCUAUAAAUUGGAAUUAACUGAUAUUAUUUAUCAAAUUACCUAUAUAUCUAUGCCUCUUGUAGCGUUGGCAAACGUUUGGUACUCUUGUAAUAGAAAGUCAAAAACAGUUAUAAGAUCAGACGGAGUACCUGUAGUUGUAGCCUUUAGUGGAGAAUAUUAUAAAGGAGAUUUAACAUUAAAUAAAUUGCUACAAAAAUUAUUUGUAACAUUUUUGGAACCUUAUACUCGAGUACAAAUGGAUAAUGAAGAAUAUGUACUUAUCCGCUCCAUAAUUUUUUCACAUUUUGUUACAAAUGGUCUUAGCAAAGAAGGACAGAAAUUUUUACUUUCCGAGUCAGAAAAAUAUUGUGGAAUAUUAAUGAGAAUGUUACAGAAACGUUAUGGUCAACUAAGAGGAGCAACAAGAUAUGCAGAAUUGCUUCAUUUAGUCGAAUUUUGCUUUAAAUGCGGAAAUCAUUUAAGCAUUUUCCUUAAUUAUGUGGAUAAUGUAUUAGAUCAAGGGCGUUUCGAGAAAGUAAUGCCUGCGCCAUUAAUUGAUCUUUGCCUCCGCUGCAAAAAUGUGAAAUUACCGGAAAUUACAGGAAUUUAA